AUGUGAUGGCCAAAUAGACCCUCACACAGUUCCAGUUUGGGAGUAUUUCUAGGACAGUUUUCGCUGUAGACCAGAACUUCAAGAGCAAGCAUUAAUUUAGUAACUCAUAACUCAUAAUCUAAGAAGCAAAAUGUCUGGACUGUACCCUUCCCUUGAAGAUAUGACCGUUGGCAAAAUGGCCAAUGCUCAACUGACCCAACAAAGACAGCAAGGCGGCCCCCCUCCAGCUAUCCCCAGUGCCCCCUACCAACCACCCCCCUCAUCCGCCACACCCGGGCCCACUUCAACUACAGUGGUAGCCAUCGGGGGAGGUGGUCUCUACCCAAGCCUCGAGGACUACAUGGGCUUGGAGCUCAGCCGAUAUGCACCUCCACCGCGCCAUGGACCAGGAGGUGCAGUGGUGCCCUCUGCCGGUACAGCUGUAGCCACAAGAGAGAACUCUGGCCCUGUAACUGGAAUAGCCAAUGUUGGAAUCAGGAGAGCCGAGAUCAAACAAGGUGUUCGUGAGAUCACCCUGUGUAAGGAUGGCAAGGGCAAGUGUGGACUGAGUCUGUUCUCCGUGAGCAAGGGUGUGUUUGUGUGCUUCGUAGCCAAGGGCUCACCGGCCUCCAUGGCUGGACUUAGAUUCGGGGACCAAAUCCUCAUGAUCAAUGGAGAGGUAGUUGCAGGCUACAAGAGUGACAAGGCCUCCAAACUACUCAAGACUGCUCCAGCCAAUGAGAUCAAACUGGCCGUGAGGGACCGUCCCUUUGAGAGGACCAUCACCAUGCAGAAAGACAGUGCCAACCAUAUUGGGUUCAGCUUCAAAGAUGGUCAAAUCAAGGCUAUCGUCAAGGAUACCUCUGCUGCUAGGAAUGGAGUGUUGCUGGACCACCACCUGACGGAGGUCAACGGUCAGAAUGUGAUCGGACUCAAGGACAAGGCCGUCGGUGAGGUGUUCUCUCAGAGCCCUCCUACAGUCACCAUCACCAUCAUGCCCGACUUUGUAUACAACCACCUCAUGAAGAACAUGGGCUCCUCCCUCAGGAAGCAGAUGGACCACUCCAUCCCUGACGUUUAAACUGCUCUGCAAACACUCAAACAUUGCCUAACUUACCGCUGUUCAUUUUGUUUGAAGUAUAGAUUACUGUGAUUGUUUGUGCACUGGAUGUAUAUAUCACCUUACAAUAGCUUACACCGUUUCUGUUGUAUUUAGCUAUAAUAUAUAGCACAACAAUUUCUGUGUAUCAUAUAAUUAUGUCAUUAGCGUCAAGAUGUUCUCCAAUUAAUUUUGGCAAUGCUG